AUGAGAGAUUGGUAUGGACUUUCUAAUAGACAAUUAGGCCAGGAAUUAUCUGAAAAGGCGUUACUGAGUCUCUUGAGCUUGUGGAUGAUAUGCGAGCUAUCAAACACCCUUUCGCUGAAGAGACAAGAUUCAUCAAAUGAUCAUAUCCGUAAGAAACGUAUGGUCGAUCCAUUGCCAUUAAUGACCUCAUUUUCAGUAACGAUUCAAAACACUGCCUAUGUUGUUAAUAUAAGAAGAAAUGGAUCUUAUAAGUGCAUGGGUUCUAUAUUAGCCACAAACAUAAUUAUAACUAGUGGUGAAUGCAUUGAUGAUCCACAUAUGGUAUACAGCAUUUGGUCUGGUUCAUCUUAUUUAAAUCGUGGAUUUCGUUACACUGUGGUACAACGUCAUAAACAUCCUGGCUAUCGAAACCGAUACGCAAACAAUCUUGGAAUUCUUGAAAUUUUUCCACCAAUCGAUCAUUACUGUUCAUUCAAUAGAAAAAUAGUAUUACAUAAUGAAGUUAUUGCACCGAAUACUCAAGGAAUUAUCACUGGCUGGAGAUGUACUCCCGAACAAAGGAAUAGUAGGAAAAUUCCUAGCGCGUUACGAUCAAUUAGAGUCCCGAUAAUCAGUGAGCAACAGUGUUUCCAUAACUGCCAUAAUACAAUCUUAAUUUCAAUUAAGCAAAUUUGUACUCUUGAGAGAAAUGCUGGUGCUCCACUAGUUGUUGACCAUCAGCUAGUUGCUGUUAUGGCUUGCACUGGAGGAUUUUUGAAUGGAAUGCAUCCUGAUGUCUUUGUAAACUUAUCGCAUCAUCUGUUCAGAAAUUGGAUCAACACAUUCAUACAGCACAUUUGA